AUGUUCAAUUCUGAGCGUUAUCUAUCUAUGUCUAAUUCUGAGCUUUAUCUAUCUAUGUCUAAUUCUGAGCGUUAUCAUGUUCAAUUUAUAUCUAUCUAUGUCCUCAUUCAUCUGUUAUCUAUCUAUAUGUCUAAUUCUGUCCCUUUAUCUAUCUAUGUUCAAUGUCUAUCUAUUCUGUCCCCAUUCAUCUAUGUCCCUAUUCAUUCAUGUUCAAUUCUGAGCGCGUUAUCUAUCUAUUCUAAUUCUGGAGCGUUAUCUAUCUAUGUUCAAUUUCUGUCCCUUAUCUAUCUAUCGUUAUCUAUCUAUGUUCAAUUUAAGCGUUAUCUAUCUAUGUUCAAUUUGAGAGUUAUCUAUCUAUGUCUAAUUUUGAGCGUUAUCUAUCUAUGUCUAAUUCUGUCCCUUAUCUAUCUAUGUCUAAUUCUUGAGCGUUAUCUAUCUAUGUCUAAUUCUGAGCGUUAUCUAUCUAUCGUUAUCUAUACAUCUUAUUAUCUAUCUAUGUUAUCUAUCUAUACAUCUUAUCUAUCUAUCUAUUCUCGUUAUCUAUCUAUGUCUAAUUCUGGCGUUAUCUAUCUAUGUCUAAUUCUUCGUUAUCUAUCUAUAUCUAAUUCUGUCCCUUAUCUAUCUAUGUCUAAUUCUGAGCGUUAUCUAUCUAUGUCUAAUUCUGAGCGUUAUCUAUCUAUGUCUAAUGAGCGUUAUCUAUCUAUGUCUAAUUCUGUCCAUUAUCUAUCUAUGUCUAAUUCUGAGCGUUAUCUAUCUAUGUCUAAUCUGGUUAUCCAUCUAUGUCUAAUUCUUGAGCGUUAUCUAUCUAUGUCUAAUUCGGUCCCUAUCUAUAUGUCUAAUUCUGAGCGUUAUCUAUGUUCAAUUCUGAGCUGUUAUCUAUCUAUCGUUAUCUAUCUAUGUCUAAUUCUUGAGCGUUAUCUAUUUAUGUCUAAUUCUGUCCCUCAUUCAUCUAUGUCCAAUUCUGAGCGUUAUCUAUCUAUGUCUAAUUUGAGUUGUUAUCUAUCUAUGUCUAAUUCUAAGUUGCUAUCUAUCUAUGUCUAA